UGGGAACACCGGCCUGGGAUUAAAACACCAGCCCCAAUACCUAUGCUAAGCCAUCCCAAGAAAUCAGGAGACUGAAUAGGAACCUUCUAGAUGCUCUCCAAGUGACUUACAGCAGCACCGACGAUGGCAAUGAGAGUUCUAAUCUCUUCCUUCCUCCUGUUGCUGCUACUCAUGCUGAUGACGGUGGCCUCUAGCAGCCCAAAUCCAGCAGGAGUUGCCAGAAGCCAUAGGGACCAACGCCAGGCUUCUGGGAGGUGGCUCCAGGAAGGCGGCCAAGAUUGUGAGUGCAAAGAUUGGUUCCUGAGAGCCCCUAAAGGAAAACUCAUGACAGUGCCUGGGCGUCCAAAGAAGCAGUGUCCCUGCGAUCAUCUCAAGGGCCACGUGAAGAAAACCAGGCACCGAAGGCACAAGCAGACAAACAAGCACUCCAGAGCCUGCCAGCAAUUUCUCAAACGAUGUCAACUAGCAAGCUUUGCUCUGCCUUUAUAGGAGCUCCGGGAGCCCACUUUCCCAAUUUAACAUUCUCAGAAGAAGGCAGUGAGUGCUCCUAGACAGUUUUCUUAUUCUCCUAAUCUCCUGUAUUCACUCCCUAAAACGUUCCAAUGCUCUCAAAAGGCAUUUUCCAAGAUGCUCCCGUGGUGCCUUUUUCUCAUCAGCUGUUCCCUUUACCCAGGCUUGAUCUGAAAGAAUCUAGGAAACCCCAGUUUCCUAGUUGGUCCCACUUACCCUUAAGUAUAAUCAGGAAAUGAGUGAACAUAAGUCAAUAAAUACGAAAUGUCAUAGAACAAAACUGUUUCUUUCAAAUGAGAUCUGCCAACUCAUUUUCAAUAUUGAUGAUCCACUUUACCCUGGUUACUCAAAACACAA